AUGGAGCCGAUUCUCCACGAUUAUUUGAUUAUAGAUACAAACGUCCUUCUACGUAACCAAGCCUCACAACUCUUUAAAAAAGCAAAGCACAUAGUCACGACUGAAAGUGUAAUAAAAGAAGUUAGAGAUACUGUUUCUCGUCAUCGUAUUGAAACCCUACCUUUUGAUUUAGAGUUAGACACUCCCUCCAAAGAAGAUAUUGAGUACACUGUUGAGUUUUCAAAGAAAUCUGGGGACUUUUCCCGAUUAUCCACACAAGACAUGUCCGUCAUAGCAUUAGCAGUGAAAUACAUGCGUGAACAAAUGCCAGAAAUCGAAUUACCCAAAACCCCAUCGGAUCCACGAAAAGUUUUAAGUGAAGCUGAACAGCAGAAAAAAGCCGAAGAAACUCAAGAAGUUGAGAUUGUUCAAGUGAAAGAAAAACCAGUCACUAUAACUUAUGGACCGGCUCCUGUUGAAGACACCGCAGAAAAAGACGCAAGAUUCCCAAAAUUGGGCGAAAAAACUAAACGAAGCGAAAGACCAAAAAUUGUGACCACCUUCGACUAUGACCCCGAAAAUGAAAAACCUCGUGAAAAACUCAUGCUCUUCGACGAGAAGAAAAACAAAAAAACAAAAAUCGAAGAAAACGAAAAUCAAGAAGAAAUAAAUUCGCACAAUUUGGAAGACGAAAAAAUCGAAAAUCCGCAAAACGAGAAAACCGAAAAAGAAGAAGAAAAUCUCGCAAAAAUCGGAAAAAUUAAAAGAAGCGCAAAACGAAAAAUGACAGAUAAAGACUAUGAAAGACUAGCGUUUGAAGAAUUGGAUGAUUGUAACGAAGAAGAUGAAGAAGAUUUGGGCGAACUCGAAGAGGAGUAUUUAUACAAAGAUAGCGACAAGGAUGAAGAAGAAGAGGAUGAUUUUUCAGAUGGAGAGGAUUUGUUAGAUCAAAGUGAGAAAACGAAAGAAGUGGCGGAAGGAGACUGCGAAAGUGAGAAGAAAGAUCGCGAAGACGGAAAGAUCGAACAGAUAAAGGAAGAAAAAAGCGAGAAAAAAACGGUGGUUUCACAAGAACCAAGCAAAGGUUCCCAUAUCCGAUUUGAGGAGAAGGAUUUGGACUUCAAAAUAGAAACACUUCCAGCCCCGAAAAAGAGGGAGGGUGAACUUAUUGUGGACGACGACGGAUUUAUUAGUGUCAAGCGUAAAAAAGAUAAACCAAAGAAGAAACCAAUCAACAAGCAAUUCACUGAAUGGAUCACCCCACAAAACUAUAAACAAUUAGACAAAAGCGUCUUUUUCGAUGAUGAAAACGCGGAAGCUUAUAAGGUUGUAUGCAUGACUGCCGAUUACACAAUGGAAAACGUCUUGAUGCAAAUGGGCAUUCAUGUGAUGGGGGUUGAAGGAAAGGUUAUCACGAAAAUCAUGAACUGGAUGUUAAAGUGUUUGAUAUGUCAUGAAGAGAUUUUUGACUUGAGCAAAAAGUUCUGCCCGAAGUGUGGGUACCACGACCUGAGAAGAAUUUCAUACUAUGUCCUUUCUGAUGGUAAGAUAAAGGAGAAUUUUAAUGUUAAUAAAACACUUUGCCAAAGGGGAAGGGUCUACCAAAUCAAAAAGCUGACUCCCAAAAGAAAUAAAACAGAUAAAACUAGCAAGAAAAUUAUUCUCACUGAAGACGUUUACAACAAGAGGCUUCAAGAAACAAAAAGAGGUGUCAAAAAGACAAGUGGGUGGACUGAAGACGGGUUUUCCGCGUCGGUAACCGCCGAAAAGAGGGUUAUCAUUGAGAAUGGGAGAAAGAAUCCAAACCUUGCCAAGAAGAGGUUUGGGAAGAAAAAUGCACCAGUGAAUUUCUGA